ACCUCUUCUUCCAACUUCUCUGCUGAUUGCGGAGAGUUUAACCAUAAUUUUUUCAGAAAAAUAAGUGUUGAAACUCUUUCUUUGCAUUUGUUGAUUUCUUCUCUUUGUGGUCUAUAAACGAAAUCUAUCUCGAAUUUAUUUCCAUACGUGAAAAUUUAUAUAUCUACGUUUACAUGUUUAUUAUCCUGAUAAAUUAUAUAUCCUUUUCCAAAAAAAAUCUCUUAUGGUAUUUUAAUGUUAUAGAUCGAACAACAAAUCUUUCAAUGGAUUUUUCUUUUAUUGUUUCUUCAUUUCUGUCUUUGUUUGAUCUGUUGUAGUUUAUUUCUUUCUUGUUGUUGUUUUCAGGUUUUCUGUUAAAUUUUAGUGUCUUUAGAUGCGUAAUCAAAUACCCAUUUCUCAAAUCAUUAAAAUCUCACAGUUUAACUUCGAUAUCAUCCAGUUGAUGUAAUUUUAGCUUCUGGGUACAUCUGCAUCAUGUUUUCUUACUAAAAUUAUAGUUUUCUCUUCUUUCUUUCUUUUUUUCACAAAAAACUCCUUUUUGAUAUUCUUUUGUGAAAACCAACAUGGAUUACAGUAGAGAUAAUGUAGUUCAUGUAAUUCCAAAUCCGAUAGACCCUUCAGUUUGGGCAACAGAAGAAGAUUACCGUGCUUGGAACAGUGAAGAAACCUUUAACGACACACCUUCUAAUUUCAGCUACGACCAAAGACAACCUCAAUCGCGGUCCAAUUCAGACAUGCCACCAAACAAGAAAUCAAGAAAUUCCCAGGAUUUAAAUUCUAGGUCCAAAGCCAUAGGCAAAAUGUUUUUCAAGACCAAGCUUUGUUGCAAGUUCAGGGCUGGCACUUGCCCAUACAUUAAAAACUGUAACUUUGCUCAUAGCAUUGAAGAGCUUCGACGCCCACCUCCUAAUUGGCAAGAAAUAGUGGCUGCUCAUGAAGAAGAGAAAGGGAUUUUGGCAGAGCCAAGAGAGGAAUUCCACAUUCCUUCUUUGGGGUCUAAUAGUUUUUCAGGGGAAACACAGAGGUCAUAUAAAGGAAGGCAUUGCAAAAAGUUUUACACUGAGGAAGGGUGUCCUUAUGGUGAUAAUUGCACAUUUUUGCAUGACGAGCAGUCAAAGAAUCGAGAGAGUGUGGCUAUAAGUUUGGGACCUGGAGGAUAUGGUGGUGGCGGGGGAGGGGGAGGAGGUGCUGCUAGUGGCGGUUGUGGGAGUGGAUCGAAUGUUAAACCAUCUAAUUGGAAGACCAGGAUUUGUAAUAAGUGGGAACUUACCGGGUACUGCCCGUUUGGAAAUAAAUGUCAUUUUGCUCGUGGAGUUGCUGAGCUACACAGACAUGGAGGUGCCCUUGGGGAUACAGAAGCUAAGGAUUCUUUUGUUGCCCCUUUCGAUUCAAAGCAAGCGGGAGGAGCGCCUUUAAAGACGCCUGCAGAUACUAUGGCUGCAUCAAUCCCUUCAGUUCCACUUUCAGAUCUUGGAGUUCCUUCACAGCGAACUAUUGUACUCCAGAAACCAGGACAAACAACUCCCCACAAUUGGAAGGGUCCAGAUAAAAUCAGUCGGAUAUAUGGAGACUGGAUCGAUGAUUUUGAAUAAACUCUGUUGUUAUGGCAAACAAGAGAUGAGAGCUGAAAUUCCUUGCAAGUGAGAAAGUGAAUAAUUUAGAUAUUACCAGGACAGUUGUGUCAUUUACCCUUUAGCUUAUGUGAUGUGGGAAAUUUUUUUCAUUGCUCACUUAUAGCUUUCAAAUAAUUGACAUAUUUUUAUUAUUUAGUUUAAUUAAUUUUGAUUUUAGUA